GCCCCGCGAUGACCGCGACCGCAGCCCUCCUGCCCGUCCUCUUGCUCCUGCUGGCCUUCGGCCGCAGUGCCCAUGGAGCUGAAUGCUUCCCGGCCUGCCACCCCCAAAAUGGAUUGUGCGAGGACGACAAUGUCUGCAGGUGCCAGCCUGGCUGGCAGGGUCCCCUGUGUGACCAAUGCGUGACCUUUCCCGGCUGUGUUAAUGGACUCUGUGUGGAGCCCUGGCAGUGCAUUUGCAAGGACGGCUGGGAUGGACACCUCUGCGACCUAGACGUUCGGGCUUGCACCUCGACCCCCUGUGCCAACAACGGAACCUGUGUGAACCUCGAUAACGGCCAGUACGAGUGCUCCUGCACCCCUGGAUUCUCAGGAAAGGACUGUCAGAAAAAGGACGGGCCCUGCGUGAUGAAUGGUUCACCCUGCCAGCACGGAGGCAGCUGCGUGGACGAUGAGGGCCGGGCCUCCCAUGCCUCCUGCCUGUGCCCCCCUGGCUUCUCAGGCAAUUUCUGCGAGAUCGUGACCAACAGCUGCACGCCCAACCCGUGCGAGAACCAGGGCAUCUGCACCGACAUCGGGGGCGACUUCCGCUGCCGCUGCCCCGCCGGCUUCAUGGACAAGACCUGCAGCCGCCCGGUGUCCACCUGCGCCAACGAGCCGUGCCUCAACGGGGGCACCUGCCUGCAGCACUCCCAGGUGAGGUUCGGGUGUCUGUGCAAGCCCGAGUUCACGGGCCCCAUCUGCGGCCGGAAGCGCGCGGCGGGCCCCCAGCAGGUCACCCGUCUGCCCAGCGGUUACGGGCUGACCUACCGCCUGACCCCCGGGGUGCACGAGCUGCCGGUGCCGCAGCCCGAGCACCGCAUCCUGAAGGUGUCCAUGAAGGAGCUCAACAAGAGCACCCCGCUCCUCUCCGAGGGUCAGGCCAUCUGCUUCACCAUCCUGGGCGUGCUCACCAGUCUGGUGGUCCUGGGCACCAUGGGCAUCGUCUUCCUCAACAAGUGCGAGGCCUGGGUGUCCAACCUGCGUUACAACCACAUGCUGCGCAAGAAGAAGAACCUGCUGCUUCACUACAACAGCGGGGAGGACCUGGCCGUCAACAUCAUCUUCCCCGAGAAGAUCGACAUGACCACCUUCAGCAAGGAGGCUGGCGACGAGGAGAUCUAAGCAGCGUUCCCACCGGCCCCUCUCUGUUCUCGGGGUCCCGCAGAGCUCACUAUAUGCGGUCUGUUCUCAUCUUUGUGGU